CAUAUUUUCCAAAGUUUUCUGAGUCUUCCGGCAACACGGUACCAGAAGCAUUUAAUUAGAGUGAUGUGUGAAUAUACACUACAUGGUCGGCAGCCAUACCUUGUAGAAUGACUUGAUUAUUUUCAUAAAUUGUUAUAUUUUAUUUUAUUAUAUCCAAGAAGUCCGUCGGUCAGAUCAGUACUACUGCCUAGCUGGGUAAUUCAGGGGAACCGGCGAUUCCUCUGAUUAACAAGGAGCCUCACAGCAGAUCUGUUUUGCAUUUACGAGGCGAUAUCGAUCAGCCCGUAACGUCGUCGGUACUUUUUCUGACGACCUGCAGGUCCAAUCAUCUCUUCCGGUCACUCUGGGUUUAAUUUUUUGAAGGAAGUUUGUAUAUGGGGCAAUCAUAUGGUACAUAUUUUCAACGAAAUGAAAAUGCUUCAGCAGAUCAAGUGGAGCAUUUGGUAAUUAGAAUAAGAGAACUGUUAGAAACUUCGAGGCGUCCCUUACCAGGAGGAGAAUGUUGUAUUUACAAGGUUCCACAUCACUUGCGCAAAUUGAAUGAAGAAGUGUACACCCCACAAGUUAUUUCCAUAGGCCCCUUCCACCACGGCAACCAAAACUUGCAAAUCCUGGAAAAGUAUAAAGUGAGAUAUCUCGAGGAUUUUAUGAGCCGAGCCAAUACAAGCCUGGAGAAUUUAAUAAGCAUUGUAAAAGGCUCGGAAAAAGGAAUUCUUCAAUGUUAUGCAGAAACCAACGAACUUGACAGUGAUGCGUUUUUGACAAUGAUACUCCUUGAUGCGACCUUCAUUAUUGAGUAUUUCUUGAGAGAUAUGUUCCCUGUGCAAUGGACAGAUGAGGAUACAACAGUUAUAAAGCCAUGGAUAACUGCUAGGAUGCAACUGGACUUCCUGUUAAUUGAAAAUCAACUUCCUUUCUUUAUUCUUAGGGAUUUAUAUCAGCUUGUUUUGGUUACUGAUAGAAUCAUGUACCGUCCCUUCAUUGAGGUUGUCUUUCACUACUUUCACUUUCUCAACACUCAAAAUAUGCCUCCUAAUCCCGAGCAGUUCAAUGGAAUACUUCAUUUUGUUGAUUUGAUCAGAAUCUUUUAUCUACCUCGACGCGAAAGGCUACCAGAAGGACAAACUGACAGUAGGGUUGAGAAGAUAUGCUGUGCAACGCAGCUGGCAGAGGCAGGAUUGACCUUUAAGAAGAGUGAAAGCCUGUGCUACCUUGACCUAAAAUAUCAUGAAGGAGUGUUGGAAAUCCCGCCCUUUACCAUUGACGGUACCACGGAGAUACUUGCUCGAAACCUCAUGGCUUUGGAGCAAUGUCACUAUCCAACACAAGCAUAUAUUACUGAUUAUUUUUUCUUGUUGGAUUUCCUUAUUGAUACAGGCAAAGAUGUGGCUUUACUUGCUGACAAGAAGAUCCUUGUUAAUGGGAUGGGCGACGACAAUGCAACUUUUAUCAAUAAUUUAGGCACAAAUGUCCAAUAUUCAUCCAUGAAUUCUGAGUAUUGCCGUCUUUGUAGAGAUUUAGCUAAAUUUCAGAAUGACAGUUGGAAUCGUUGGAAGGCUAUCUUCAAACGUGAUUAUGUUAGCACUCCUUGGAAAAUAGUUGCCACCAUUGCCGCUAUUCUCUUGUUGGCGUUCACAUUAACGCAAGCUGUAUGCUCUAUUAUCUCAGUGUUACCAUCAAAGAGGAGGAAUCUGUAAUUCUGAUACUAGUAAAUGAUAUAUAGCUAGCAUUCGAUCGAAUAA